AAUUAGGGCAUUCAAUCAAUGCUGUCAUUGUGAUAACAAUGAAGUCUUUGAUGAUGCAUUUGUUUGUAGGAUUUGUGUUCUCUCUGCUAUGUGGGUGUGUAAAUUCGUCGAAGCAAUGUACUAACAUACCUGCAAAGAUAGAUUCGAAGACUGUUCAGGCUGAUAUAGAUGAUCCUAAAACAAAUGCAACAUGGAAGGCGGACUUGUUAAAGCAAUACAGUAUGUACACGACGAAGGCCAUAGAAUCGUAUACAGCAGUGUCCACAGAUAGUUUGGAGGACAGAAGGAAAUUGGUGGAGAAUAAUUGGGCUACACUGAGCAAGAAACUGAAUAAUUCCGCUGGGUAUAAACCGCCUGUGACCCUCAAGGAGGUGUCUCUUCACGAUGUGAGAAUUACUGACCCGUCAUCAUAUCAUUGGCAGGCUCAGCAGCUAAACUUGGAAUACAUUUUGAUGUUAGAACCCGAUAGAUUAGUUUGGAGCUUUAGGCAGACGGCUGGUUUGCCCACACCGGGCAAGCCAUAUGGAGGUUGGGAGAAUCCGAAAAAGCAGCUCAGGGGCCAUUUUGUAGGGCAUUACCUGAGUGCCACAGCCUUGAUGUGGGCAAGCACUCAUAAUAAUACUGUCAAAGAGAAAAUGACUGCAGUAGUUUCGGCUCUCGCUGCCUGUCAGGACAAAAUUGGUUCAGGGUAUCUCUCUGCUUUCCCAGAUGAGUUUUUUAAACGAUAUGAACAUAAAAUAUAUGUGUGGGCACCAUACUACACAAUGCACAAGAUAUUGGCAGGCCUGUUUGAUCAAUACAGAUUCGCGGGUAAUGAACAAGCUCUAAAAAUGAUGGUUCGCACGGUGGAAUACUUUUACAAGCGUGUGCAAAAGGUGAUAUCAGAGUUCAAUGUAGAACUCCACUAUCAUUUACUAAAUACAGAAGUUGGUGGCAUGAGUGAUGUGCUUUAUCAGUUAUACAGCAUAACGCGUGAUCAAAAGCAUUUAUUGUUGGCUCAUCUUUUUGACAAACCUUGUUUCCUAGGAAUCCUUGCAUUACAGGCUGAUAGUUUAGCUGAUUUUCAUAGCAAUACACAUAUUCCACAUGUUAUUGGAGCUCAAAUGCGGUAUGAAGUUACUGGUGAUCCACUUUACAGGGAAAUGGCAACAUACUUCAUGGAGGCUCUCAACUCUUCUCAUGCCUAUGCAACUGGAGGGACAUCAGCUGGCGAGUUCUGGACAGACCCAAAGCGAUUGGGAACCACUCUGAGCACUGAAAAUGGAGAAUCAUGUGCGACUCAUAACAUGCUAAAGGUCGCACGCAACCUGUUUAGAUGGACCAAAGAAAUGACAUACGCAGAUUAUUAUGAGCGAGCCCUGACCAAUGGUGUGCUGGGCAUCCAGAGGAGAGGGAAUCCCGGAAAGAUGAUCUACAUGCUACCACUAGGCCGUGGAGUUUCUAAGGCCCGAAGCUACCAUGGAUGGGGAAAAGAGUUUGAUGAUUUUUGGUGCUGCUACGGGACAGGAAUUGAGUCAUUCUCAAAGUUAGGAGAUUCGAUAUACUUUGAAGAAGAGGGGAAAGCUCCGGGGCUUUACAUCAUCCAGUACAUACCGAGCUCACUUGAUUGGAAAUCUGGGAAGAUUUCUAUAAAUCAAACAGUCAAACCUGUUGUUUCAUGGGAUUCUCGUCUUCAAGUGACAUUCACAAUUUCCUCAAAGGAGAAAGGGGCAAGCCCAUCAUCUACUUUAAAUUUACGAAUUCCAAGUUGGGCACCGGCAAGUGGUGUUAAGGCAACUUUAAAUGGUCAGGGUUUGCCUCAACCAGGUAAAUUUCUAACAGUCACUAGACAAUGGAACUCUGGUGACACAAUCACUCUUGAACUGCCCCUCAAUCUUAGAACCGACGCCCUUCAAGAUGAUCGGCCUCAAUAUGCCACCGUUAAGGCAAUUCUUUAUGGCCCCUACCUUUUAGCUGGUAUGACAACCAAAGACUGGGACCUUAAAACAGGAAAUGCCAAGUCACUCUCAGAUUGGAUCACUCCAAUUCCGGCUACAUAUCAUUCUAAUUUGAUUUCCCUCUCCCAAGGUUCUGGGAAUUCAGCAUUUGCCCUAGCAAACAUAAACAACACAAUUUCAACGACGAAGCUUCCUAUGCAGGGCACUAAUGCAUCAGUAUGGGCCACUUUUAGACUCAUCUUAAAGGACUCAGCUGCUUCCCCGAAACAGUUUGCACCAAAAGAUGCUAUUGGGAAAUUGGUGAUGCUAGAGCCAUUUGAUUUUCCGGGUAGUGUUGUGGUGCACCAAGGAGCUAAUGGAAACCUUAUAGUUGCAGCUCCCGGCGCUCAGAAUUCUGUUUUCCAAUUGGUUCCAGGAUUGAAUGGAAAGCCCGGAGCAGUUUCAUUAGAGUCCGGUGGCCAGAAGGGUUGCUUUGUGUGUAGUGGGGUUACUGGGGCAGUAUCUACCACCAAGCUCCGCUGCCAAUCUGCUGGGGCACCACCUGAUGCUAAAUUUAAGGAGGAAGCCAGCUUUGUGUUGAAUAAUGGAAUAAGUUCAUAUCAUCCUAUCAGUUUUGUGGCAAAAGGGGCGAACAGGAAUUUUCUUCUUACUCCAUUGUAUAACUUCAUGGAUGAAAAUUAUACAGUAUACUUCAACAUCACAGCUUAAAAACUUUAAUAAGAUUUUUCUGU